AUGCCAGAACUACACAGCCCGCUCCAGAGUCUGUCAAAUUUCCGCGACGUGGGCCAGUUUUGCAACGACAGCAUUGGCACAAGUAACCUCAAAACCGGCUUGCUGUUUCGAAGCGCGCGACCUGACGAGGCUUCUUACCAGGAUAGGCAAAGACUUGUCAAGGAAUUCAAUGUCAAAUCAAUCAUUGACCUGCGUACAAAAACGGAGCACAUUGAACAGGCGCAGAAGCAUGGGGCGAGGAUCAAAGCGUCGGCUGCCGUACCCCAGAGCAACACCGAGGUGACAGAACCACUCGAGAUACCCGGCAUCACCUAUCACCAAAUCAACUUCAAUGGCUCGGCCUUUUCACGCAUGCUUGUUUCCAAGUUGACCUGGAUGGAGUUCUUUAGGCUGAUUGGACUCAUGGCCUUUGGCUAUCGCACAGAUGCCAUCAAAAUCCUCGCUCCUCAUAUGGAGGAAAUGGGGCUUGUUGGCCUAGCUACGCAAUCCUUGGACGUUUGCACACACGAAGUCGCACAAGUUUUCAAUGUACUUGCCAAGGACGAGAGCUGGCCACUGCUAGUGCAUUGUACUCAGGGAAAGGACCGAACGGGCCUUGUGGUGAUGCUCAUUCUUCUGCUCUUGAAAACCGACUUGGGCACUGUCGACAAAGACUACCAGCUGUCCGAGUCAGAGCUGGCAUCUGAGAUGGAGGAGCGAUUGCGGGAGAUAAGGUCCAUUGGCUUGUCCAGACAAUUUGCCCUAUGUCCCCCAGACUUGGUACCGAAAGUGAAUGCUCAUAUAUUGGAGAGAUAUGGCAGUGUCGAGCAGUACCUGGAGAAAGCCGGCGUGAGCAAGGAGCAGAUGGACUUUGUCAAGAAGAAGCUAUUGGUAGAGGUGUCCUGA